CGUGAUCUUUAAGAAGAAACGAAACAAAGAUGCCACGCCGUAUUUCGGAGAAUUGUAUUUUUUCAAAUGGUUGCUGAAUCGUUUAGAUAAGCAGGCUGCUGGCUUUGUACGUUUUCGAGCGUUUUUGCUUAGUUUCUAAAGAGGUACAUGACUAAGUCUGAAUAACCCAAAACGUCAAAAGCAGAGCAGCAUUUCUUUAUCUUAACGAUGAAAGCGUUCAUACCUCCGAUCCUUUACGUGGUGAUUCAGUGCCUCACAGGAUCUACUCAAGCUAUAGUUUAUCCAAGGAUGAUCUCUGCUCCAGACAAGACAACAAUAGCCGUCAUUGGCAAAACUGUUUCAUUAAGGUGGCAAUACAAUUCAGGAGAUCUGAAGGAUGAUCUAUACGAGGUGGUUUUUGGUAUUUGGAAGAGUCCUGGGUUCCUGAAAACAAAGUUGGUAGCUGUCAACUCGAGUGGUUUUUCCUUAACUAGGUCUACGUAUAAGUCAUCAGUGGGUUGGGCAGGAAAUCUGACAUCCUGUAUGGCUGUGUUUGAGCUUUACAAUGUAAAGCUUGAAGACAGCAAAACGUAUGGAAUUGUGGUAGAAUAUGGCCUCCAAAAUACCCCGUUGACUGGCACAGUUCAGCUCCAAGUUGUGUCCGGACUUCAAGCUAGAUUGAGACACACAGAUCCACCAAAGACUGCUACUCCACAACAAAGAAAUGUCACCGCAGCUGUGAGAAGCACUGACAAACGUGGGUCUCCAGCCACUUCAGAAGUUCCCGGAACGCCACCAGGAAUACCUAAGGUUGUUAGUACUGCGUGGAUCAUCUGCUUAGUGGCAAUUACUGUAUUACUUAUAGCUGUUUUGAUAAUACCCUCAGUGUAUCGCUCUCGAAUAUCUUGGAAAAAGGAGAUACCUUAUACGAGGCAAACUGACUAUAAAGGAUCUCCUGAAUCUUUUACUCCUAGACAGUGUUAAGCUUUCACUUACGAUAGACAUUCCGGUUACUCCUUUAGCCAACGUUAAGUUUUUACUGAAUAUAAGAUGAACGUGAAAACGAGAAACGGCCAGAGACUGAGAGAGGAAAAAGAUAAGAGAGCCCGCAAGUGUCCGAUAGCGAUAUUCCCAAUGAGGUCUUAGAAACAUAAACAGACACUGGUCUGAUUUAGAUUGACUCCAUGCAUGUAUUUCACCGAAACCUGGCCGUACGUUAAAGUUAAAAUUCAGUCAUAAAAGUAUAGGAAGCUAGAUUUGGCAAAGUGCCUUUUGAUGAAGUAUUUUUAGGUCUAUAAUUUUAUUAGUUAGGUAAUACUAUCAAUUGUAAAUAUAAACAUUACCUUAUGUUUAUACAUAAGUCUUUUUUAUACUAUAUUACAACUAUUGUUUAUGUAUCUUUUUAUUCUAUACACGACCCCACAAGCUGCACAGCUUCAAUACUUAUCGUGUCUAAGUAAAGAUUUUACUUACUUACUUACUAUGAAAUUUACCCGAUAAAAUAGCCACAUUUUCUUCUCAAUAUCCUUAAAAGUAGGGCUUACCUUCAUAAAGGCAAAAUGUUUCUAAAGAAACUGUGGUGCUGCGUCGGUGGGGGUAACAAAGUAAUUUGGUUAUAUCAACUAAGUUGAAAUU